UCAGUCACCUAUGUGUGGGUGUAUCCGGCGCGCGCAAGAUACCAUCCCGCUAUAUAAACACUGUCCGCAUUGCUGGCUUGUAUAUCGCUUGUACAAUUCCAAGAGACUACGUAGACAGACGUAAUACUUCUUCCAGACAUAUCUGUAGAAAUGGACAUCAGAAUCAUCGAGUUUAUAGUAUUCUUCGUGAUGACGACAAGAUGUUACUGUCAACUACAGUAUCCAGUCAUACCUCAGUAUCUUUUACCAGUCGGUUAUAUUGACGAAGAACCAGAGACUUAUCCACGAAGACGUUACGUUUCCAUCUACGACACCCCAAAAUAUGUUCAGAGAUGGAAAGAUAGUUCCGUUAACGACUACGUUUAUCAAGAUUACAAUGAAGAUGACUAUAAUACCGAAGAGGAAGACGAAACAAAUUUAUUAAUAAAAUACUUAAAUGCCCAUAAAAGAUUUCGUGGACCAAUUCAAAUGAAUCAAAGAGUAGAAAAGGUUGAUUUUAACAGUAUUACAACCGAAAUACCCUCUCCUAGUACUCCAACAACAACAGAAGGGCAGAAAGAGAUAGCUAUGUUUAGAACUCAAGACGAGAGACGAAUGAAACCAGCGUGGUUUCCAUCUUUAGAUAAACUUCCACGAGUUAAAGGAAGAGAUCAGAAAUCUCAAUCGAAUGGAGAAGAUCUUACGCUUCAACUAGACAAACUGAAGAAGCCAAAAGAUUAAAGAAUCCCUAAAGACUUUAUAUAUAUAUAUACAUACAUAUAUAUGACUGUUUUAAUAGAGUUAUGCAAAAACGAUACGUGUAUCAAGUGAUCAGCUGACCCGAUUAUCCCCUCUGAUUAUCCUUAAAAGGGUUUAAACGGUAGCAAUUCCGAAGCUCAUUUACUAUCCCAUUCUUCAACCAAGCGCGAAUUUUGUGGCACAGUCUAUUUUCUUUUCUUUUCUUUUUAAAGAGGAUAUCUUUUCGGUAUUCUUAAAAAACCAGACUUUUUCCAAGAAAAAAAGAACUGAUAAAAUUAGAAUAUAUUAAUUAAUGUGAUAAAAAAUAUAUAAGUAUAUACAUACAUAUAUAUAUAUAUAUAUCUGUAUACACACGCAUAAAUUAAACAUAUCUAAGCACAUGUAGUCAAAUUGAUUAGAAUUGAAUACCUUUAUAGACGUACUUUUUACAGUGAGAAUGGAUAUAUUGUGGUAUAUGUUACUGAAUGUGACAAUAAGAUAAAAGCGAUUUUUUGAGAGUAGAAAAAUAAAUAUAUAUUCGCAUACACACAUACAUAUAUUUUGUACGUGUGUUUUUAAAGAGUUGUCUAUCCUAUUGAUGCACAUUUAGCUGUCUGUAUCCACCGAUAUGUGUUCAGAAGGAUGGAACAUAGUUGAAUGUUUCUUUGUUGUUCUUUUUGUAAAUAAGUGUGAGUGAUGUAGAGGAUAUUUUGUAUAUUAAAAUGUGUAUAAAUAAAUAGAUUUUUUGUCUGAAAA